UAGUUUUACAAGAUAAUAUUGCAUUACAUACUAUAUAUUGUAUAUAUAUCACAUUGGAUAAACGGAAUUUACAUCUGUGAAUUUAAUGUGGGUUACUAAAUUGUAACCAAGUCACGAGAUACUGGUGACCUCGUAGCUCUUUUAUUUUGUGCAACAAGUAUUAUGAGCAAAAUUAAUUGGCUACCGAUUAGAAAUAAAAAAAAAUUCUUCUCAACAGAGUUAUAAUUGAAAACGAGAUUUCAUUUAUAAUUACUUUAAUUUGAUUAUUAUGUUUGUUGUUUAUUAUAGAAAGAUCCCACGAGUGGAUUCUGGGUUCAUCAGAUGCAAGAUUAUGUCAAGAACUCGGGAUCCUUUGUCUACCUGGAGAAUAAAGUGCAUAAACUAGAAUAUGGUGAUCACUCCCUUUUGCUGUACGGUACACCGUGGACUGCCAAGUACGGGAGUGGCUGGAAAGCAUUUCAAAUUCCGCGGGAAACUCUGCCGGAGAAAUGGGAAACUAUUCCAUCAAAUAUAGAUAUCCUUGUAACUCAUAUGCCACCUUUUGGAGUGCGUGAUUCGAAUGCAAGGGGUGAAAAAUCAGGAUGUAAAAGUUUACGGAAAACUGUUUCUAAAAUAAAACCUAAACUUCAUGUGUUUGGUCAUAUCCAUGAAGGGUACGGGAUACAGGUCCAGGAUGGAAUAAUGUUUGUGAAUGCUGCCUCGGUUAAAAAUGGAAGUACUACAAUGAACCCUCCUAUAGUAUUAGAGUUUGAUCUGAUGAAGAGAAGAAUAGUUCAGUUUAUACCAGGACCAGCUCAUGCCCUACAACAACUUGUAAAGUCUCGGGAAGGUCUAAAAUGAAUUCUCCACCAAAUAUAUCAACUAAACUCUUCCAGGGGAAAACUGAUGAAGAAGAAAAGAGUAUUCUUCAUCUUGUGACGGAGUAUAUGGAAGGAGCAUCGAUCCAUGGAUUAAG